AUGUUGAGUACACGUGGCGCUAUUACCACCAAUGUGGCCAUGUUUGAAUGCGCCAGCGGACAAAGUGUGGCUAAUAGGCAGGUUUUUUUGCUUAGUGAGCUAGAGAAGACUUGGGUGUCCGUCUCCGUUAUUCUGCGGCGCUUGCUGAUUGAGGGAAAGGAUGUGAAAAUUGAUAAUUUUGGAUCCUUCUGGAUGGAGAACCAUCUUUGCUUGAUGGAUCCCAUCUACCACGAACGCUAUUAUGUGCGGAAGCUGUGCUUUGGCAUGAAUGCCAAGUUUGUGAAUCAAUACGGUAUCGAUGACUACAAGGUCCCUUUGGAGAAGCCCAACCGACGACUGCACAAGCUCCACGCCGCGGAUGUUGUGCGGCUUUGUGCCAUCCCAGCGCGCACCGUCACGAUGGCCCUGCAGGAGUUCUACCGUUACAUCGGGGAGGGGCUCCACUGCGGCCGCGUCUUCAGUCUGUACUUUCCCGGGGUGGCUACAGUCGUCCUGAAGAAGGAGCGAAUGAUGCUGACCCUGGACUCGGAACUGGAGAAGGAGCUCUUCGACCUCGACUCCCGGCGGUGGCCGCCGGAGAAGCGGCUGGCGGGGGCGGAGCGGCUGGCGGCCGGCAAACGCCGUGCGUCGGGGUCGCGGUCCGUGGCCUCCGGCCGGCCCUGCGCACGGCCACCCGCCCACCCCACGGAGCUGCGGCCGGUGUUUAUUCCGGCCGCCCCCACCGGGCGUUUGUUCUCCGACAUCGAAAAGGACGCUGAACGACGGCGGAAGACGCUCCAAGAAAAAGAUGAGCUGCAGCAAGAAACAAGGCGGCUACGCGAUGACGAGGUGGCGGCGGGGUAUAAAGACGUCCAGACGAGGCUGCAUCAGGCUGAGAUCGAGACCUACCGCACGACAACGACAACGCGCGAGUCGGUCUACGACAUCGUCGAAACCGAAUCCCCCAGAGCCGAGGAACCAGAGAUCGAGGCUGUGGAGGAGAUUCCAGUAGAGAAUGAGCCCGACACGGAGGCAACAAGCGGCAGAUUCCUCGGCCUCAAGAACGCGGAGCUUGAGGCAAUACUGAUCAAGGAAGAGCCCUUCAGUCGCCCUACAUCUCGUUUAACCUUUCAUGAUCCUAAUUCUGCCCGAGAUCUCAUCUACGGGGGAGGGAAAACGGCGGCAACACGUCUGAACGAGCCUGAAAUGCACUACGGUCGAAAACGCUUUGAUAGUAAUCUUCAUGAUGUCGAUAGAGUUGGCUCCUUAUUAAAGGGGGUUAGCUAA